ACUCAUCAAAGCGAUGGAGUUCUCAUCAUCUCUUAGGUUCUUUCUCGCCGUAACGAUCGCUUUAUCGAUGAUAUUACAGAUGCAAACACCGGCAGCAGCUAUCUCCUGUGACCCUGCUGUUGAAACUAGUGUUAUGACUCGCUCGACUUUCAAAACUUGUCGAAGGGACUUGGAAAUCAUAUGUCAAUCGCGAAGCAGAGAAGUGUCAAAGUCAGAGUUUAACUUCUUCCCUACAAAUCCGGAUAAGAAUAACUGCGAGGGUUGUUGCCAAGUACCACGCCCAUCUCCAUUUCCACCAACACCUCCUGCUCCAGUCGACUGGAAGAAAUGUCGAGCCGGGGAUACAGAUAAAUUAUUUCAACUAAAUGGCAAUCCGAAAGAUUGCAACCGUUGUUUUCGUAGCUGUGAAAGUAAAUGUGGUAUAGCUAGAGCCGCUGAUCAGGCUUGUGUGCGAAGAUUUAGAAUAAGAGAUAAUGUGUAUCAGGGAUUAACCUGCGCAUGUUGUUGUAGGGAAAGAAUAGUUCUCCCUCCAACCCCACCUCUCCCACUAUUCGGGCCUCCACCACCUCUCCCACUAACGCCAACUUCGGAUAAUAUAUGUAGACCCGAAGAUACCUCGGUUGGGUUUACGAUAUCCGAUCCUCCUGGCUGCAGUUCUUGUCCAGUUCAGUGUGAAUCAAAAUGUACUAAAUUGGGUACUUCAUUGGUCCUUGAGCAGUGCAGACGAGGAUCUCCUUCGAGGUGCAAGUGUUGUUGUGGAGACAACAAAUCACCACCCCUACCCUCACCCCCACCUCCGCCCCCACCUUCACCCCUCCCUAUAACUCCAAUUGUACCUCCCUUAUUAGCCCCACCACCACCACCUUCAAAUAAUAAAAUUUGCAGUUCUGGGGAAAAGUAUGAUGAGCAUCGAAGCUUCAAAACUAGAUCUUGCCAAUUUUGUGAUACUGACUGCGCAGCCCGAUGCACCAGUGCCCGUGCUACAAUGACGAUGCAGAAGUGCACAAUCGAAACUAAGUCGGUGCUUUGUGAAUGUUGUUGUACUCCUAAUUAAAGACAACACAGUGGCUGCCACAAGUUUAUCAUCACCUAA